AUGGCACUUCAACCGAAAUCCGCGGUCAAUGUCGUCUUCGGCGCCAUGACCAUUGGCAACGGCGUAGAGCAAUCGCGGGUUAGCGACCUUGGUGAAGCGAAGCAGAUCCUCGACAUUUUUCAGUCCUACGGCCAUAAUGAAGUUGACACAUCGCGAUACUACGGUAGUGGCUCCUCCGAAGAAUACCUGGGCAAGCUCAAUUGGCAAGAGAGGGGCAUUGUGAUGGACACCAAGUUCUACCCGACUGUUGGGCGAGGCAUGGAUAAAGAGCAAUGGACACACAGACCAGAGCAUUUGAGGGAGAAUCUGCAGAGGUCCCUCAAGGCGCUGAAUGCGAAGAAGGUCGAUAUGUGGUACCUGCACGGACCGGAUAGGACGACUCCUUACAUCGACACCCUGCGAGAAGUCAAUGAGCUACACAAGCAGGGUCUCUUCGACAAGUUCGCUAUCUCAAACUACAUGGCCUGGGAAGUAGCUCAGAUCUGCGAGAUAUGCGAAGCACACGGCUGGGUCAAACCGUCCGUCUACCAAGGCAUCUACAACGCCCUCAACCGCACCGUUGAAGCGGAGCUGUUCCCUUGUCUACGCCAUUACGGUAUGGGCUACUACGCAUACAAUCCACUCGGUGGUGGCUUUUUUACAGGUGGCUUUUCGAAAGAUGCGCAGGUGGAGAAGGGCUCGAGAUUCGAUCCGGAGAAGUGGCAGGGCAAGAUGUACAGGGCGAAAUACUUCAAGGAUGAAUACUUCGAAGCGCUCGACAUUGUGAAGCCGGCGGCGGACAAACAUGGGCUUACGAUGGCGGAGGUGGCGUUGAGGUGGAUGACACACCACUCGCAGCUGGGGAGGAAGUAUCCGGAUGCGAUUUUGAUUGGGGCGAGUAGUACGAAGCACAUUGAGCAGAACUUAAAGGACCUCGACAAAGAACCACUGCCUGAGGAUGUAGUGAAAGCGUUGGAUGAGGCUUGGGAGAAACGUGAUGACUUUGCCGUUGCCCUCCAAUUCCGCAUGAAGCCACACUUCGCCAUCUCCUCAAUCCUCCGCCUUGUUCCUUUGCCUGCACUUCACUGCCCCUCCGGAUUCAUGUGCCAAGUGCCGAAUUCGGUGCAGAUAAACCGCUACAGAAGCCUGGCGAAUGGUCUAGCGAACGCUGCGUAA